GUCACAGUUUAUUGGGGAAAGCUGGUGGGAUCUGUGAGACCCAUGACAACUUUAAUAACAAUGCCAAAUGCUAUUAGCUGUAUAGGCAAGUAAUUUUAAAGGUAAUUUGGCUUUUUCUUAGUUGUUAAAGAUGUUUUUUUAAGAUGGUAUUUCAAACAGUUUAAACUACAUAUUCUUUUUUUUUUUUGGAACUUUUACAUAUUCUUUUACUUUUAAACUAAAAAAACUGCAGAUUCUUGUUGAUAAAGAAACCGAGCGUUUCAUCAUCUUAAAGCAGCAAUAUAAAAAAAAAAUUGAUUAUUGGCUUAUGCCUAAAGAAAAUGGAAAAAAAACGUUGACAAACAAAAUAAAAGAAGAAAAGAAAUACGUUACGUAACACUAUAGGUCGACAACAAUAUAAAAAUGAAACACAUAAAUAUAAAUAAAUUUAGCUUCAUAAAAAUACAAAAUAUAAAUUUAGCUGCAACUGACUAAAAAAUUAUAUCUUUCAAUAAAACAAAUUCUGGCAAAGCCACACGAAAUUUAUUUGACACAUAGUAAAUUAAUUUUUAUUAAUAGAUGUACUUAACUUUUCAGAAAAAGUCUAUUUAAACUAAUAUGUUCAGUAAAAAAAUCUUUGUACAGUUCUUUUCGUUUUGUAGAGAGUGGAGUUGUUUGACAUGAACACACAAAUUUGAAGCGGUGAAGAUUGUCUUAUUAUGAAGAGUGUGGCAGUACAACAUUUUAAGUGAUGUCUAUGAGUGACACAGCUUCAAGGUGCAUGGAGAUGCAUUUGUAUUCUCUAGUGUUUAUUGGUUUUGGUAGUUUUUGGAGAAGGAAUAUAUGUAUCAUCUAAAUUGUCUUCUACUUAAUAUAUGAUUUUGGAUGUAUAGAAACGGACAUUACCAUCUUAGCGUAACCGUUUUCUUUAGUCUACACGAUUCCAUCCUCGAGCAUAUCGGUUUGGUCUUUUGUGAUAGGUCGUGUUCUCUGUGUGCCAAAUGCCAUUUGCCUAUUGCAUGCCAAAGACCAAAAACAUGCAAUUUCGGUUUGUAACUUGAAAACAAAAACCUUCUGUAACUGAAAUAGAACUUUACUUUUUAAAACACAUUGUUAUUUUUUUAAUUUUAAUACAUUUGUUUUAGUUUUAUCCUUCACAUAAUUUAUUGAUUAUGCUUUUAAACAUAGAAGAUUCCAGCAUUUCAUUUUGAAAGGACAUGCAAGCUAAUUCGCCUACAUUUCUCCUAACAAAACGAUAAUAAAAAGAUUUUAUAUAUUACUUUUGGAGGAAGUAUAAUUGGAUAAUGUAUGUGUAAGUCACUUUGGGUAUCUAAAUAUGAUGGAAUGUCUUGACUUCUUCCUUCAAUUAACACUACAACUAGUACGUCAUGUACAAGUCCUUUUUUGAUCCACUUUGUCACUUUACUAGAAAGCAUCUUCUUUGUUGAUGCUUAGAGAUGAACUACACAAGAUAGUAUGUAAUGUCGGAUUUGCUAUAUGGAUAGCGCUUUUAAAGGAAAGUGACAUUAUUGAGUGGAUUUUAUAACCCUAAAUAUAGAAGCUGGUCCACAAUCUGUCUUUCCUGUUGACGUCUAAUCCAUCAGUGAUGUAAGAUUUUGGUUGGAAAGAAAUGUGUAAGCGACAUCGAUAGACAUUAGCUUUUAAACUAGUGAGUUCCAUUGUCUCUAGUGAAUAAUGAUAAGAAAACAUGAAUCACGCACUACCUUUUUGCAUAUGCAUAGCACCAUAUUGUCAUAUGAACUAAUACCACGAAUCAUACAUUGUAAUUUGAACAAGUGAUCAGUCGAUCUGUAACUACAUGUUUAGUUGCAUUAUCGACAACAUUAAUGGUAUGAUAUUUUGACUGCAAUGAUAUAACAAAUAUGUAAACAGUUAUUACAAAUAUAAACAUUUUCUAUAUUUACCUAGCUGUACCAAUCGAAAAAACUAUUUCCAUUUUAUGCGUCACAAUUUACAAUAUAUACACAUGCUAGGUUGAUUCUAUGGGAUUAGAAAUUAGUAUGUAGUAUUUCUGUGCAUUUUAUGCGUCACAAUUUUCUAUAUUUUAGUUGUUUGUUUGUUAUAACUUAGAAACUUCUAACUCGAAGGCGUAUCUAUUUGAUAUCUUAUAAAAAUUUGAUUCAGGAUUUCGUUUAUAUUUACCUAUGAGUCUAUGAUAAUGUUUAGACCCAAACGAUAUGGGCCCAUAAAUCGAAUAUGAUUGAUCUGUAUAUUAAAACGAAAGCUAUGCUACAGCCAAAAGGUUGAAGUCUAUAUAUAAAAGAGUGAACAAAUCAGUUUUAAGAAAUUUGAGAUAUAAUCGUAUAUUAUGUAUUCGGUAAUAUGGGUUAUACAUUAUGAUCUAUGUAUUAGAUUCUAAUAAUGUCGAUACCCGAAUCUCGUUUGCAUUCAGGAGAAUUCAAACAUAUGCGAAUAUUAGUAUUUUUUCAAUUUUAAAGUAUUUGUUUGUUAAUGUAUAUUUCCAUCUUAAUAGUUUUUUUACCUAAUACAUUUUAUAAUUCAUUUUUUUAUCGAUGUCAUUCAAUAUUCAUAUAUACUAUGUGACUUUUAUGCGUUUAUAUAUGGAUACAAAUAUUUACUAAAUACAUAACUUAGCAUAAUUUAUUAAUAUUUUAUUUUCAAUUUUAAAAGUUUUAAAUAGUUUUGUAAUAUAAUUUUAUAUAUAUUAAAAAUAAUAGGAUAUUAUUUUAAAUAUAUAUGUAACUUUUCUCAUAAAAAUUUAUCGGUUCACUUUUUUGAAUAUUAAAUUACAUAUAUUCCUCAUAAUUAUACUGUAAUUGUUUCGUAAUUCUAAAUAGAUUAAAAUUAAAUUAAUCAUUUUCUUGCUUUUAGCUUGGUUUAGUUUGUUGGACUUAUAAUAUAUUUUUGUUAGAUUAUAUAUAGUUUGAUAUAUAUAUAUAUUAAUUUAGAAAAAUAUUGUCGGUUUAAAAUUGCAUAACUAUAUAAUAAUAUUAUAUGGCUGACUUAGUUAUGCCUUUUAUUUUGAGUAUAAGAAUCAUGAUGAUCACUUACUCAUUAUUUAAGUAUAUUGAGUUGUAUAUAUUCGUUUAAAAUGAAUCACAACUAUUGUUUUGUUCUAAUCAGAUUAAACUGAUUAAUUUUUAUUGUAUUUAUUUUAGUUUAAUUUUUAUAUUUGAAAGUAUAAUAUUUAUUUUUUAAAUAAAAUAUUUAUACUUUUUUGAAACUAUGUUUUAUGUAUAGAAACCUAAAUAUUUUAAAAAUCAUAGAUUUCUUCUUUUAUUUAUCUUGUGUUAUGAAAAUAUGAAAAAAAUUAAAAGUUGUUAUGAAUAUAUACUUAUAACUUAUAAUAUCUAUAUAUAAUUACUAAAUAUAGAUCACCUAGAUGAAUGCAUAUAUCUAGAUAUUAUAAGUAAAUAAAAUAGAAAUAUUAUUUAUAUACAUGCAUGAACACGGGAGACUCAACUAAAAGUAAAAGUAAUUUGUAUAUAUAUAUAUAUAUAUAUAUAUAUUACUUCUUAAUUUUUUGUAACUUAAAAAACUGAUCAAAAUUUAUUUGUCUAAAACAUUUACUUUAUAUUUUAAUUUGAUCACACAUGUUUAUUAUAUAUUACUUUUAAAAAAUAUAUAAUCUGUUCAUGCUAUUUAAAAUACUUUUAUUUGGUUAAAAUUAUUUUAAUAGUGAUAAUAUUGUUUUAUCUUUUGAAAUAAGAAUCUAAAAUCUUUUGUGAAAUUAUAUAUAUAUAUCUCUGUAUUUUAAAGCUUAUAGAUAUUUUCCUUUCCUAUUUAUGCUGUUUUAUAAAAAUAUUAAGAAAAUUAAAAUCUGUUAUGUAUGUAAGAUCUAUGUAUUUUAUAUAUGUUUACAUUUUAUUAUUUAUUUUAUUGUUAAAAACUAAACCAUAAAUUAUAAUUAAAAUAUUUAGGAAAAAAAUAAAAUAAAAAUAGUUUAUGAUAAUUAUUAGUUCAUCAAAAUUAAUUUUGCAAUUAACUAUUAUGAGACUAACACGUAAAAAUUGACUUUUCAAAUAAUAUUAUAUAGAUAACCUAAAUAUUCUUUAUAUAUCGCGUAAUCUAAUAAAUAAUGUUUAUGUAUUUAUGAUUGAAUUUUUCUAAACAAAGUCAGCCUUUCUUUUUUCUUUAACCAAAAAAAAAACUUUUCUUUCAUCCGUACAGCAGUACCAUGCGUUACGGUUAAUGAUACCCAAACAUAAGUUUAAAUGCAUGGGAGUAAAUGAGAGACUUACUCUUCAAUAUAAUUUGUAUGCUUACAGAACAAUAGAUAUCAAAAAUUUGGGUUAUUGUAAAUAAUACUUUUCUGUUUUAUAAAUUUGCCAUUAUGACAUUUUUUUCUUAUUAUAUAAAGAGGAUUAUUUUGAUAAUCUCAAUAUAAUAUAUAAUUGCUUUAGUUUUAAUAAUAAUUGUAAAAUAAAUUGAUACUACAAAUAAUUUAUCUAUCUCAAUUAAUAUUGGUUAAAUAGAUAUAACAAAUAAAAAGUAAAUGAAUUUAAAAAAAAGAGCAUGGUUGACUAUUAAAUGAAUUUAAAUAUUGGUCUAAUCUAUGUAGAAAAUGUUAAAGUUACACUCUUUAUGAGCAUGGUUGACUCAAUAAUUUUCUAGACUUUAGGGCAAUACAAAACUAAUACCCUUUAAACUUUGUUUUAAUGUUUAAUAAUCUUUUAAAAUAUUAUACAUAAUUUUUGAAAUAAUAUUGCGAUAAGAUUUAAAAUAUAUUCAUAUAAAAUAUUUUGGGCCUUUUAUUAUAUUUUUUAAAUAAAAGUACAGAUAAUUUCAAAUUUCAAAGUUUUAACUAUGUUGGAUUAGAUUCGAAAAUAUCACACCGUUUGUUCCUUAUUUAAACCGUUUUUUGUUCGUGAAACAGAAAAGAAUAUUAAUAAAAUAUUCAGAAUGGUUUAAGAAACUUAGUUUCUCCUAAUUAUUAAAUCAUGCUAACAUACUUUAUUUUCCCCAUGAUUAAAAACUACUUAUUUUUACAUGCUUCUUUCUCCUAAUUUUUUUUUUUCUGAAACACACUUCUUUCUCCUAAUUACAAACUACUUUUGCGUUCUUAACCACAAAGUACUGGAGCCUAAAUAAACUGAAAACCAUUAAAUAGCCAUUUAUCAGCAAAUCAAGUGUCUUGCAUGCAGCUUAACUUGUUCACUUUUUUCUUGCAUACGUGUUAAUAUAACAUUAGAUUCUCAUCACUUGUUUCCUUAACGUACUUUUUUCUGACAAAGGGCUUAAUCCUUAACGUAUAUUUUCACGUACUUUUAAACUAGACGGACAAUAUUUUGACAACUAGACUGUAGACGUUGAGAAUAACUGACUACAUUUUGACUUUUGAUUAAAGGCGAAAAGAAAAAGAAAUCGCUAACUAAAGAUUAAUAAUUAUUGUUUUCUUUAAAAACAAAAGAUUAAGAAUUAUUGCAAAAUAUAAUAUUUUAAAAGAAAAUGUUGAGUUUUAAUAAAUGACAGUGAUUAUUUUAUACAUGAAUAUAAGCAAAUAAAAAGUCGUGGAAACUAUUUAUAAGAUUCUUUGAAAAAUGAUUUAAGAGAUUGUCAAAAAUGGUAAAAAAAUAAUAUUAUCAUGUUCUAAAAUACGACAAAAUAUAUUAUUAUGAUGUUUUGUCAACUUUUAUUAUGAUAUUUGAACAUUAUUUUUAAAAUAAUAUGUUAUAAUUCACUGUGUAAAAAUUGUUAGUUAAAAUCAAGCAUUCAAUUUUUAAUCGAUGAUUAUUUAAUGAUGAUAAAUCUAAAUUUUGGAGUAAAAUAUUUUUCUUUUACAGAGAAACUUUUAAUAAUUAAUUAAUUACUAAUUUAGUUUACAAGAAAAUUUUAAAUAUAACUGAUGAAUAGUAUGAUUGAUAUUAUAUAUUUUUAAUAUUUUAAUUUUAUUCAUUAUAAUAACGACAAAAUUGUCGUUAAAUUGCUAUAUAACAUUACAUACUAAAUUUUUACAGGUAUUAUACUGAAAAACUAGUUUUCAAUAUUCGAACCGCGACAAAAAAUAUCUUUGACACGGUUUAUUGUCUUUAACGAUCAAAACAUUUAAGAAUGUACAACGCUUUUAACACGCAUAAUUUUCAUGCUAUACAACAAAAAGAUAUUGUAUAUUGACAAAAAAAAAUUUCAUAAAUUAAAUAAGUAGGUAAAAAUGUAAUUUUAUUCUUUAACGAUCAAAACAUUUAAGAAUGUACAACGCUUUUAACACGCAUAAUUUUUAUGCUAUACAACAAAAAGAUAUUGUAUAUUGAUAAAAAAAAAUUCAUAAAUUAAAUAAGUAGGUAAAAAUGUAAUUUCAUAAAUUAUAUAUCUAAAUGUUAUUCCACAAUUCAUUAAUCAAAUUAAAUGACGUUUUAUAUUCUACAUUAAACAAUAGUGACAUUUUUAUGGAGUAUUUUUUUGUUAUAGUGUGAAAUCGUUAAAACCUGAUCAAACAAUUAAACUGAGAGAGGUAUUUGUAUUUUCAACUCAUUCUUGUGGUUCCGUACGUGAAAAGACAAUAACAAACAGUUUUGCUUUACCAUGAGUUAUUAAGAAUCAACAGGUGCAUAUGUUCCUUUAAGUAAUUUUGUUGUUUGGAGAACAAAAUCUAUCUCCUAAUCUGCAUAAUAUUUUUAAUCAGGAAACCCGAAGAAUAUAGUUGUAUAUCAAAUCUUAGUUUAAGCUACAUUAUGUAAAUGUGAAGAUCUUUCAUCUCGGGAUACAACUUUAUUAUAGAAAUCAGAACUCUGAUUCUUUUACUAUCGCGCAAAUAUUCUUUACAGUCGUGGUUUCAAAAUUCCCCAUUUGCAUUUUGAAAUCCUUAAUCUUCCAAUUUCAUCCAACCAAACAACAUUUUAUCGUUUUCAUAGUUUAAAUAAUUAGUAUGACAGAAAAUUUUGAUUAUAUCACAUUAUUUUCUUAUAGAUUAACUUAACUGUAUAAUAACAUUUUUAUUUUACAUACAAUAUUCAGUAUUUUGUCCCUUUCUAACCCAAAUCCAAACGAGAUUUUUAAAAUCUUAUUGAAAAUCAAUCCUAAAUGAGAAACAAAAGAUCUUCAGAAAAAAAAAACAAUUGCAUAUAUUUUGUAGAACUAAAAAGAUAUAUAUUGGUAAAUAGCAUUAACUUUUGCUUACUUUAGUCUAGAUUUUUACAUAAAUUAGCACACGGUAUUUUGUUGUUGUAUCUCUUUUUUCUAAAUUAGUAAAACAAAACAAUAUCAUUAUUAUUUCUUUCUAAAAUAAAUUACAUAUGCACCACUACAACAAUGCCAGAUGUUAUAUUAGCGUGUCUACUUUAGGCCGCCUUUAAAUUGAGUUUUCUGUAGCCUGAGUAGUUUAUACAGACUUGAAAACACACAACAAAAAUAUACAAAGACUAGCAGAAUGACUUUUGCCCAAUCUCUCAACAACCAAAGCUCUGUCUUGAGAAUCAAUAUUAUGGUUGUUGAUGAUGAUCCUGUCUCCCGUGAAAUUGUGUCACGCAUGCUUGAAAGAUCCAAAUACAGAGAUCCAUCUAUGGAGAUCACAGUUAUAGCUGUAAGAGACGCAAGGGAAGCAUUGUCUACUCUUAAAAUCCAAAGAAACAACAUCGAUCUUAUAGUCACAGACUAUUACAUGCCUGGCAUGAAUGGUCUACAACUCAAACAACAAAUCACUCGACAAUUUGGCAACUUUCCGGUCAUAGUUAUGUCAUCGGACACCAACAAAGAACAAGAGAGUUUAGCUUGUGGAUCGGUGUGUUUCCUUCCAAAACCCAUCAAACCGACUGACCUACCAAAGAUCUACCAAGUUGCUUUUACUUAUAAGAGGAAGGGUAAGUCCAUAUCAAGGACCGAGCACAACCACAUGGAUACAAAUGUUAGCAUCCCUCAGCAAAUCCAGUUGCUUCCUGAACAAGCUAAUGUCUCAAAGACCAAGAAGAACAAGGAGUUCUCAUCUAAAUCAGAUUCACGAUCUGUGAACAGUUUCAAUGGAAGUUGUGAUAGUACAGAUGGUUCACGAAAAAAUCGAAAAAGAAAAUCAAACGGUGAUUUUGGUGAUGAUGAUGAGUCUUUGCCGCAGCCUUCCAAGAAGAGUAAGCUUUCGUGGUCGGACUACCUUCAUGACCUUUUCUUACAAGCUAUCCACCAUAUUGGUCUUGACAGUAAGUGUUUUGUUUUUUUUUUUAAUUAUAACGUAUUUAUACAAUACGCAAUAUACUGUUUAUUUUCUUACAUUUUCUUACAAACUUGUUUCUUUGCUGAACUUGAAUCUUCCAAAGAGGCUGUGCCAAAGAAAAUUUUAGAGUUCAUGGACGUAUCAUACUUGACAAGAGAGAACGUUGCCAGCCAUUUACAGAAAUAUCGAAAUUUUUUGAGGAAAGUCGCGGAAAAUUCAGGCAUGUUGCAUGGAAGAGGCAUGGAGCCGUACCAUAGUAACUACACAACCUCUUCUUCUUGGUACGACACAGGUCUUAACAACAAAUCUAGCUAUUCCAAACCUAGACACGGUCUUGGACAGUCUAGGCUCUUAUCCAACACAUGUGAACCUGUCCGCUUCAACCAGAUGCCUUACAACCACAUGAACCGGUUAUCUACCUAUGAGCCGCACCGUACUGGAUCAAACUUGACCAUGCCCAUCAAAAGCAACCUCAGUUUUUCAACGCAGCCAUUGCAAAACGAAGGAAGUAGAAGCUUUCUUGAACCAACCGUGACGGCGAACAAAACUGGCCAAACAUCUCAAGUUCUCGGGUUUGGACAACAUGGAAUGUUGGCUAUAAAUGGAAAUAAUUUCAACGACAACACGAUGAGCAGCUAUGCAAGUUCAACUUCUAAUCAACCAAGAAUUAACAGCCAUGGAAGUUCGACUCCUAAUCAACCAGGAUUGAGGAGCUAUGGAUGUUCGAUAUCUAAUCAACCAGGAAUGAGUAGCUAUGCAAGUGUAUCUCCUAAUCAACUAGGAAUGAGCAGCUAUGGAAGCUUAACUCCUUAUCAACGAGGAAUGAGCAGCCUUGGAAGCUUUACUCCUACUCAACCAGGAAUGAGUAGCCAUAGAAGCUUGACGCCUACUCAACAAGGAAUGAGUAGCUAUGGGAGUUUAUCUCCUAGUCAACCAGGAGUGAGUACUCAACCAGGAAUGAGCAGCAAGGGAAGCUUGACUCCUACUCAACGAGGAAUGAGUAGCUAUGGGAGUUUAACUUCUUAUCAACCAGCAUUGAGCACCCAUGGAAGUUUAUUUCCUAAUCAACCAGGAAUAAGCAGCCACACAAGCUUACCUCCUACUCAACCAGGAAUGAGUAGCUUUGGAAGUUUAACAACUAAUCAUUCAGGAAUGAGUAGCUACGAAAGUUUAACUCCUACUCAACCGGGGCCUAGCAAUAUCUCAUACGGAUUGCUCUUAAACAAUGAAAACACUGCAUAUAAGCCUCAACCACAUGCCUCUACAACUAUACAACUGGAUAAUCUCAGCAUGUAUGAUGACCUCGGCAACAUUAACGAGAUUCCUUGCGAUUUAAGUAACUUUGACUUCGAUCAUGACAAGCAACAAGAAGAAGCAGUAUCUGCCAACAAAUUUGAGAUCCCUGCAAAUCUUGAGACUGAACUGAAUCAGACUUCCUCUCUUGAAGAAGAUGGUGACUGGACCUUUCUGAACAUAAGUCAGGGUCAUUUUAAUGAAAAAACAUCAAACACUUUUGCUGCUCCGGAGACGAAUGAUCCAACUUUCAACAAAAACCCUAAUCAUGCUCAGGAACAAGAUGUUCCAGAUUUUGAUUGGUCGUUGUUGGAUUUAGAGAACUUGGCUAAUGAGAACGACUUCAUGGACUCAAUGUUCACCAAUGACAACUCAAUGUUCACCAAUGACAUGAAUUGAAAAGGGUUCGAUCGAUCCAAGAUGUUCUCAACGGCAAUGUUCUCAACGGCAAUGCAAAGUAGUUUUUAAAGCAAAUAUAUAUAAAGAAUAAGAGGUUUAGAUGUAUGGUUUAUGGUUGUGUAACAUAUUUCUAAGUGUUGGAUAUUAUGUCUCUUUUUCUCAGCAAGUGUUAGAUAAUGUGAACUUUUCAAUAUAUAUAGUAAUCUAUAUGGUUAGAAAUGUCAUGUGUUUGUGUUAUAGUAUGUAUAUAUAUAUAUAUAUACACACGUACAAUCAUGUGUUCUAAGUUGGAUACUACAAUAUCAUAUAGUAUCAAGUAUAAUACGUAUGCAUCAAUGGUAAAAAUCGACGAUAUUGUGAAUAAAGUAAAAUACUGUUUCUUUUUUAACAUAAGCUACGAUCAAAAACCAUUUCAGGGGGCCUAAACCAAUAAUUUUACUACUAAUGCUAUCACUUAUUUUUGUGAAAAUAAAAACAAACUCUGCAGCAACAGAUGGCAAGUUCCAGUAUCCAAACCAACUGUAGUGUUAAGCUGUUAUUAACCAAGCACUGGAAUAAGAGUCACUUUCUGGUGACCACAUGAGUUUCAUUGUCAGAUUCAGAACAACAGCUUACGGACAAAGAUACUUAUUACUGAGUACUGACCCAGCAACCAUUUCAAAACAGGCCCGGGCCCAAUAAUGCAUGCUUUUCAUGGGAUAUAUCGGGAUUAUUUUUUUUUUGGAUUCAAUUUAUUUUUUUAAAUAAUGAUUUAUUAAAUGAUUCCCAAAAGGGUAUCUGAGUAUAUUAGGAUAUUUUGUAAAAAAGUAACUACGAUUUACUGCAAUACUCUUCCUUUCACAUGACAAACUUCUAAAUAUUUCUUUAAAAUUGAGUUGAAAAUUUUAUAAAAAGAAAGAUAUACAAAGAGAAAAAAUAGAUUAAUGUCAAAUUUGCUGGUUCUUUUGUUGAUCGAAGCUAGCUUGAUAGAACCACUUGCCUUUGGCAAACGCAGCAAACCUGCACAAGUGAGAGAUAAAAGAAAAAGGGAUAACUGCAUCAGAGCUGAUAGUAAAUCUUGAUGCAAGUAAUCCAAGAAAAGGACAGAAAAGUCGAUACUAGCCUUACUGCUUUUGAGCCAGGGACGAAUGCAAUCUUCAUGGUACUUGUGAGUACAGGGUAAAAUUAUCAUUUUCUCUCCAUGAACAUAAUCUGACUGGCAUAUCAGACACCUGUUUCCCCAAUCACAUUGUAAUUACUUCUUUACAACAUUUGUGUAAUCAAAUUGUUUUUUCUUUUUCGUUUUAGAACUUGCAUAUGAUUUCAAAAAAUGGAAAAGCAUAGUCUUGGUUUGUAGUGAGUGAACACAUUAUCCUUUUCAGUUUUUAAAUCAGAAAAUAUGUAUAUUUUUAAAGGAUAAUAUAUAAAAGAAUAAUCUUCAAAAAAAAAAAUAUAUAUAUAUAUAUAAAAGAAUAAGAGAGAAAGUAAGAAUACUUUUUAUCUUCUAUAGAAGGUUGAAACUUGAUGGUAGGUAAUUGAGAAAUUUGUCUCUCUGUUAAUCCUAUACCACUUGAAAUUCUUUCAGGCACUACACUCCGUUGGAUUAUUUCCUGUGACGUAGGAAGGAUGAACAUUUCCGAUUUCAGACAAAAAGGUUAGUAGAGGAAAUGCUAGCUAUUGAAAAAUUAAUAGAAUCUUUUUUAUAUACUCUUACAUCGCGUGAAUGUUGGCUAGGUCGAUCCCUUGAGCGUUCUGCAAAAGUAUAUUAGAGGUUAAUUAACCGGUGAUAGACUGAACCGAGUUUUGGUUUACUCGGUUGGCUAUACUAACUAAAUAGCAUCUAGUUGUUAUAUAGAUUAUGAGUUUAUACGAAUACUUAUAAUCCGGUUUGUGUAAAUGUAUCUAAACCGGUUUAUAGCUUUAGUAUAUAUAUAGGAACGAACUGGCAUUUUGUAUAAUUGAGCUGAUAAAUAACAACAUUCAUUUUCUCUAACGACUUUUCACUCUCGUCAUCAUCUUCCUCAUGAUCAAGCUCCAAAUCAUCUAUAAAUACGAUUAUACGAUGCUUCCAAAAACAUAUCAAUACCUGCAGAAGAUGAUAAACCUGAGGUUGAAGGAGGAGGGGUGUUAGAGGGCAAAGGCCUGCGUAUUGGUCUCGGCCUAUUUGUUGGUACAAAAAAACUCAUCAACCACGAUAUUAUCAA